UGCUUCCGGGUCAGGGGGGAAGGAGCCACCAUGGAGCCUCGCGGGGUGGCGGGGCUGGCGGAGCCGCGGGUCGGUGUCUGAAGCGGGAGCGGCGCAGCGCCGCCAGCACCGCCGGGGACACGCAGGCCGGUCCCGCCGCCGCCGCCGCCGCCAUGUCGGUGCUGGGCGAGUACGAGCGACACUGCGAUUCCCUCAACUCGGACUUUGGGAGCGAGUCGGGGGGUGGCGGGGACGCGGGCCCGGGGCCCAACGCGGGUCCGGGGCCGCGAGCCGGCGGCGGCGCGGCGGAGCAGGAGGAGCUGCACUACAUCCCCAUCCGCGUCCUGGGACGCGGCGCCUUCGGGGAAGCCACGCUGUACCGCCGCACCGAGGAUGACUCAUUGGUCGUGUGGAAGGAAGUUGAUUUGACCCGACUGUCUGAGAAGGAACGUCGUGAUGCCUUGAAUGAGAUCGUUAUUCUGGCGUUGCUGCAGCAUGACAAUAUCAUUGCCUACUACAAUCACUUCCUGGACAAUACCACCCUGCUGAUUGAGCUGGAGUAUUGUAAUGGAGGUAACCUGUAUGACAAAAUCCUUCGUCAAAAGGACAAGUUGUUUGAGGAAGAGAUGGUAGUGUGGUACCUAUUUCAGAUUGUUUCAGCAGUGAGCUGUAUCCAUAAAGCUGGAAUCCUUCAUAGAGAUAUAAAGACAUUAAAUAUUUUUCUGACCAAAGCAAACCUGAUAAAACUUGGGGAUUAUGGCUUAGCAAAGAAACUUAAUUCUGAGUAUUCUAUGGCUGAGACGGUAACUGUGGGAACUCCAUAUUACAUGUCUCCAGAGCUCUGCCAAGGAGUAAAAUACAAUUUCAAGUCUGAUAUCUGGGCGGUAGGCUGUGUCAUUUUCGAACUGCUUACGCUAAAGAGAACAUUCGAUGCUACAAAUCCACUCAACUUAUGUGUGAAGAUUGUACAAGGAAUCCGGGCCAUGGAAGUUGAUUCUAGACAGUACUCUUUGGAACUGAUCCAGAUGGUCCAUGCAUGCCUUGACCAGGAUCCUGAGCAGAGACCCACUGCAGAUGAACUUCUAGAUCGCCCCCUUCUCAGAAAACGCAGAAGAGAGAUGGAAGAAAAAGUCACACUGCUUAAUGCACCUACAAAGAGACCAAGGUCAAGCACUGUGACUGAAACACCCAUUGCUGUGGUAACAUCCCGAACCAGUGAAGUCUAUGUUUGGGGUGGUGGGAAAUCCACUCCCCAGAAACUGGAUGUCAUCAAGAGUGGCUGUAGUGCCCGGCAGGUGUGUGCAGGGAAUACCCACUUUGCUGUGGUCACAGUGGAGAAGGAACUCUACACCUGGGUGAACAUGCAAGGGGGUACUAAACUCCAUGGUCAGCUGGGUCAUGGAGACAAAGCUUCCUACCGACAGCCGAAGCAUGUGGAAAAGUUGCAAGGCAAAGCUAUCCGUCAGGUGUCUUGUGGUGAUGAUUUCACUGUCUGUGUGACAGAUGAAGGUCAGCUCUAUGCCUUUGGAUCUGACUAUUAUGGCUGCAUGGGGGUGGACAAGGUUGCUGGCCCUGAAGUGUUAGAGCCCAUGCAGCUGAACUUCUUCUCGAACAAUCCAGUGGAGCAGGUCUCCUGUGGAGAUAAUCAUGUGGUAGUUUUGACACGAAAUAAAGAAGUCUACUCCUGGGGCUGUGGUGAAUAUGGACGACUGGGUUUGGAUUCAGAAGAGGAUUAUUAUACACCACAAAAGGUGGAUGUUCCCAAAGCCUUGAUUAUUGUUGCUGUUCAGUGUGGCUGUGAUGGGACAUUUCUGCUGACCCAGUCAGGCAAAGUGCUGGCCUGUGGACUCAAUGAGUUCAACAAACUGGGUCUGAAUCAGUGCAUGUCUGGAAUCAUCAACCAUGAAGCAUACCAUGAAGUUCCCUACACAACCUCCUUUACCUUGGCUAAACAGUUGUUUUAUAAGAUCCGUACAGUUGCCCCAGGCAAGACUCACACUGCUGCUAUUGAUGAGCGAGGCCGGCUGCUGACCUUUGGCUGCAACAAGUGUGGACAGCUGGGCGUUGGGAAUUAUAAGAAGCGUCUAGGAAUCAACCUGUUGGGGGGACCCCUGGGUGGGAAGCAAGUGAUCAGGGUCUCCUGCGGUGAUGAGUUUACCAUUGCUGCCACUGAUGAUAAUCACAUUUUUGCCUGGGGCAAUGGCGGUAAUGGUCGCCUAGCAAUGACCCCCACAGAGAGACCGCAUGGCUCUGAUAUCUGCACUUCCUGGCCUCGGCCUAUCUUUGGAUCUCUGCAUCACGUCCCAGACUUAUCUUGCCGUGGCUGGCACACCAUUCUCAUUGUUGAGAAAGUAUUGAAUUCUAAGACCAUCCGUUCCAAUAGCAGUGGCUUAUCCAUUGGAACUGUGGUUCAGAGCUCUAGCCCAGGCGGUGGUGGUGGUGGUGGCGGUGGCGGCGGCGGGGGAGAAGAGGAGGACAGUCGGCAGGAAUCUGAAACUCCUGAUCCAAGUGGAGGCUUCCGAGGAACAAUGGAAGCAGACCGAGGAAUGGAAGGUUUAGUCAGUCCCACAGAGGCCAUGAGGAUCAGUAGUGGGGCCAGCAGCUCCUGUCCUGGCUGGCUUCGAAAGGAGCUGGAAAAUGCAGAAUUCAUCCCUAUGCCUGACAGCCCGUCUCCCCUAAGUGCAGCUUUUUCAGAAUCUGAGAAAGAUACUCUGCCCUACGAAGAGCUGCAAGGAUUCAAGGUGGCCCCUGAAGCUCCUUUGGAAUACAGGCCCCCAGCAGGAGCCUGGCCACCUCGGCUGAAUGCAGGAGGAACAGGAACAUGCACUGGGAAGGGAACACCUUUGACCACUCCUACCUGUGCAUGCAGCGCUCUGCAGAUGGAGGUUGAGAGAUUGCAAGGUUUGGUGUUGAAGUGUCUGGCUGAACAACAGAAGCUCCAGCAAGAAAACCUUCAGAUUUUUACCCAACUGCAGAAGCUGAACAAGAAAUUAGAAGGAGGGCAGCAGGUCGGGAUGCAUUCCAAAGGAACUCAGACAGCAAAGGAAGAGAUGGAAAUGGAUCCAAAGCCUGACUUAGAUUCAGAUUCCUGGUGCCUUCUGGGAACAGACUCCUGUCGACCCAGCCUCUAGUCUCCUGAGCCUGUAUAGCCUCCAGGAACCUUGGAUCCAGAGACCUUCACAGCACACUUACUGAAUGCAGAGAGCGCUUUCCUGGCUUUGUUCACUUGCAGACAAGGAGCGCAAGGCGGAGGCUCUGAAGCACUUUCCAUGUACACUUGGAGAGUAGCGUUGCCUAUUAGAUAGGAUCUAGGAGUGGUUUUGUAUUGGAAAAUGGAAGGGCCCCAUGGCCCUGGCUUGGUCCUCGGUGACUGCCAUAGCAACAGCAGCUCUGUACCGCGUCUGGUGAUUUCCACCUUUCAAGAGGAGACACAAUGCUCACCUUAAUUUUGCUGGUAGCAGCUUAUAUCUCAUUUAUCAUUUUCACCAUUAAUUGGAAGCUGCCUUGGAAAUUCAGCACCAGGCAUUGCACCUCUGGGUGGAGGAGGUUCAAGUGUAAAGCUGGAGUGGGCUGGAACCAGAUGUGGCCCAACCAGGUUCAUCUGGAGAAUGGUGAAGUGUUCUAAGCCUUCUCAGGAGCCUGAGUCCAGGAAAGUAUGUCCCGGUGGAGUCAGUCUUGGGCUUGUUUUCAGGAAGUUCAAUUACUUUGUGCAGCUAAAUGCUUUAGGAGGAACAGUGGGCUUAGAUUGCUUUUCCUCUGAGGGUUGAGUGAAACUUCUUCAUUGAGUAGAGAAAGAAGGGCAGGCCCCUCCUCAUCUCACAGCAGGAGUGUCAGGCUGUGGCCAGUGCAGGGUGGGACUUCCUAGCUUUGAAAGAUUCCUCUAAGAGAUGAGGCAUCUCGGAGAGAAUUGAGUCCUUAGGGCAGUAGGAAUGGACUUCAGAGGAGAAACUGUGAGGGGCGAUCCUCCUUCAGCUGCCUCUACUUGGUACCUUCGAGAGGACCUAGAGUGACCGAGUCUUCUGCCCCUGAGAAGGCUUCUUCUGCCUCUGCCUUCGUGGCUCUUAGGGUUCUAAUCCUGACAUCAGCAGCCCCAACCACUCUAUUUCUGUAUGUCUAGUCAGUAUUUUCCCCCUUUUGAUGUUUUAUGAAGCCGUAUCAGUGAAUCUCUAUCAUCUUUCCUACUUGAGUGGCCCAAAGCCAGCACCGAGACCUGAUAGUCCCUGAAGCGUAACAGAACAGGAGGAACCUGCCAAGUGAGAGGAAUUUGGCUGAAAGCUCCCUUCUAAUCCCUGUGUCUUCAUGUCCUUGUAGACAGGAGCAAGCUAGUUUUCCCAAGGAGAAAGAGUAUCCUAGAAAGGUUUGAUGAUCUUACUUAAGGAUGUGAGCUUUGUGUUUCUCCUGGGCCUUAGUAUUUGGGGUCGCAGGAGCUGCCUUGAUGAGUCUCACAUCCUAGAAGGAGCUAAAUUAAUUUUUGUUUCGUUUUCCUUAACCAAAAAAAAUGAAUGUUUGAUAUCUGUGUAAUAUUUUGGAAGGACCUGUGCCAUGGAAGUUUUGCCACUUCGGUAAAAUUGGUUAUGUAAAGGUUGCUGCUCCAAGAAAACCCUACAGCUGGGGAUGGGCAACUCUAUUCAAUGGGACCGUCUUUCGUUUGAUAUUCCCAUUGUUUUCUCAAUUCUGGGAAGCCUAGUACAAUGGUACUAAUGUAAUCACUGAAGCCUUUUCUUAAAGUAAGGGAAGGGGCCAACCCUGGACUAAAGUUACAAGUUCAGGGGACUUGGGGGUUUGCUAUAAACCCUAACAAUGGAUUUUGGUUCAUCAUGUAAAUGAAACUUUGAUUUUUUUUUUUUUUUUAAAGGACUGACUGGCCUUUCAUGUUCUGUAUCCUUCAUGCUCACCAUCUCAGCAGGCCUGAGAGGCAGGGUCAGUUUGGGUGUGAAUCAUGAGUAUUGCUUCUGCCAGGGAACAAGGAACAUGGGCAUGUUGCUGAGAUCGCGGGAUGGAAGUGAGCACUGAAGGGAGGGUGAGAGCCUGGCUCUUGCUCUGGAGGGGAGUUACUCUAGUAGUGGAACACUGGGGUCGUUUCUCUAGCAUGUUCCCUUAGGAAGUCUAGGUUUGCAGUUAAUCUGGCUGAGAAUCUUAAGUUCUGUGCCUUAGAGACAAUUUGCACUUUCUCAAAUUGUGCCUGGGACAACCAUAUGAAUUUUUCCCACCAAAAAGCUAUGCAAACAGAAACCAGUUCAAAGGUGGCAGCCAUGCAUCAGAUUAAAAGUGAAAAGUGAGGCAGCAGAAAUGCCUUUGAAUGGUGUUCUGUAGCUAAUUCUCAAUUGUGUCGUAAUUUUCUUCUUUAUGUAGUGCUAGGUGUUUGAAGUUUUCCGGUAGUAUUGCUUUUGAGUUAUAGUAUAACCUGACGCUCCUCUACUCUGGCAUUGUUGCUAAAGAAUUAGCUUAUUGUUAGCCACAUGUUUGAAAGGUUGAGGGUGGAGUGGUUUGGCAUUUCUGUUUUAAAUAAACAUUUAAACUCUCAGUCAGUUGUAUGCCUCAGUGAGCCUAUGCAUGGACCUUAGUCACUGGGGAGAAAACACGCAGACUCUAGGUCUUCAGGAAUCUUCGAUUCAGUGAGUCUUUAUAUAAAUAAAUAGGUGGUCUUAUAACAGAAACAGUGCAAGGGAUAUUUGCAUAGAAAUAAUCUUUGCUUCUUUCCAACUUUUCUUGCUAACAAUCAUUUUUGCUGCUACAACUUUAUUUCCCCCCAGACAUCUAAAAUAUUUUGCUUAAACUGCAGAGGGAGAAGAAAAUGAGCCAUUAAAAGAGGAAGAGUCAUGUCUCGUACUCGUCUCCUCAGUCACAGUGGGUUUUUUCUAGUGAUAAUGCCAGUUUAUGUUUGUAAAACUGUUUUCCCUUGAAAAGGUUGAACUGUAUUUGGUCUCCCUGGCAUAGCACAGCCAAGUUACAACUUGGCAGAACAUUUCACUAUAGUUUAAAGCAAGAACAGCCUUAAAGUCACAUUUCAUUUGGUUUUGCCAUAUUUUUGGAAACAUUCAUAGUAGAACAACUCUGGAGCAAGAAUGUAUUGUAAAUAAAUGCUUUUAAAUGAGCGUCCCUGGGCCUCCAAAGAAGUAUUAUUCAUGAUAGUGUCAGGGCAGAGUGGGCUUGUAGUCAGGACUACAAAACAUGUCCCUUCGCACCACAAAGCCAAGCAUCAUUUAUUGCUUCAAUGAUUAACUAUGGAAAUAAACAUGCUGAUGACUAAACCUCCCAGAAUCGUGAAUGUUAGGGAGAAAAACACUAUAUCACAUCUCUGCUUCCUCCUGUGUAGUUGUGAAAAGUGAUAAAUUGAUGACCUACAGCAAAUGUUGGCCAACGGUGCUCUGCUGCAUUCAAUACACUGCUCUUAAGAAA